CGCUCUCUUUCCACGUGCUUUUCCUUCGGCUCAUUCUCUAUAGUCAUGGUUCACUCCAGUCUGAGACAUCUCUUCUGGAAGUACAAUCGACACCAGAGCUUUACAAACAUGGGCUGGACCCACUGCAUCAUUUGGUUUCUGUGGUUUUCAGUGAGCGAGUGCCAGCAGCUGUCCACCACUGAGCCUGAAAUGCACGGACAAAUCCAGUCUCCCCAAUAUCCGCGACCUUAUCCUCCCCACCUGCAAAAGCAAUGGGACCUCUGGGUUCCCAGAGGUUACCAGAUCCAGCUGUCUUUAACACAUCUGGAUAUUAAAGUUUCUGCAGACUGCAGUCAAGACUCUCUCACAUUUUUCUACGAUGAAAAGGUUUUGGGAAAGUUUUGUGGCCAGGGAAACUCUACUGAUCACCAUGGUGACGAGACGAUCCUUUCUCCAGGCAACAAACUGACUCUCGUAUUCCAAACAAGGGACUCUACACCAGAGCAUCAACAACAUACUGGUUUUUCUGCCACGUAUAAGGCAAUAGACAUAGACGAGUGUUCCAAAACAGACCCAGGACUGGAUUCAGGUCCGCUUUGCUCUCAAAUCUGUAUCAACACUGCUGGGUCCUACCGCUGCUCCUGCCACAGUGGUUACAAGCUUCAUUUAGACCAGCGCACAUGUCUGUUGUCCUGUGGUGGGUGUGUUUUUGACAAGCAUGAAGGACAUCUGUCCAGUCCAGGGUAUCCUAAACCCUCACCCCCUUUUCUCUCCUGCAAGUACAUCAUCUCUGUGGAGCCCAGAUUCAUCGUGACGCUCAACUUCAGAGACAAUUUUCACAUUGAUAAUAAAGAUAAUCAGCAUGGUUCAAGCUGCCAAGGUCACUUUUUACAGGUGACCAUUCCAGGCAGAUUAGCUAUGAAAUUUUGUGGAACAAAGAGUCCUGGUCUGAUAGUUACGAACUCAAGUACAGUCAGGCUGGACUACCACACUGAGGAGGAAGGUCUGAGCAACGGCUGGAGCCUGCAAUAUAGCACACAUGAGGUGAAAUGUCCACACCCAGGGAGUGUGACAAAAGGCAGGAUCACUCCUGAUUUAAAUGAAUACUUUAGUGGAGACUCGAUCCAUGUCACUUGUGACCAAGAAUACAAGUUGAUGAUGGGACAACAAGAGAUUAAGACAUUCUCAGCCAUGUGUCAAAGCGACGGGCAGUGGCAACUCCCUCUCCCAACCUGCAUAGCAGUUUGUGGUCAGCCAACAAAUCACAUCAAUGUGUAUCAGAGGAUCUUUGGAGGCCAAGACGCUCCAGAUAAUACAAUCCCCUGGCAAGUGCUACUGAGUGUAAGUGGAAACAGGGCAGGAGGCAUGGUGAUUGGAGACCGGUGGAUUAUGACAGCAGCUCAUUAUGUAGUAAAAAGGGGAGUGGUGGUAUCAAAUGAAACUCUACGGAUUUUCAUGGGACUUAAUGAGCUAAAAGCCCUCAUAAAAUCUCCUCUGUUUGCUGCCUCAAUCCAUGUUCACCCUGAGUACAACAACCCCAACUAUGUAGACUACAACAAUGACAUUGCACUGAUCAAACUGGAAGACACACUCACAUUCAACUCAUCUGUAAUGCCAGUGUGUUUGCCAGAACCAGGAGCCACAUAUGAUACUGGUGUGAUGGGGUAAACAAA